AGUAAACGCACGCGGAAGAGGUUCACGAUUGUGUUGGCAGUUACCUCUCAGUCUGUGUUUAUGUAGAUUGUUAAGGGAUGAAUCAAUGUGGAACGGAAGAAAUUACCAGAGAUUACAGUAGUCAAUGUCCUGCACAAACGAAGCCUGGGAAGUUUCACAGGCUGGGAGAUUCGCAGCUUUCGCGAAGGUAACAAGCGGCCGUAUAGUUUAGUUCAGCACUGAAGGUGUCCCACCAUGUUGGAGUCCUAUGUCACCCCGCUCCUGAUGAGCUAUGUGAACCGCUACAUCAAGAACCUGAAGCCAUCAGACCUGCAGCUCUCGCUGUGGGGAGGGGAUGUGGUUCUCAGCAAGCUGGAGCUGAGGCUGGAUGUGCUGGAGCAGGAGCUGAAGUUGCCUUUCACAUUCCUGAGCGGCCACAUCCAUGAGCUGCGAAUCCACGUGCCUUGGACCAAGCUGGGCUCUGAGCCUGUGGUCAUUACCAUCAAUACCAUGGAGUGCAUAUUAAAACUGAAGGACGGCGCUCAGGACGACCAUGAGAGCUGCGGCUCCGGCUCCACGGGCCCCAGCGCCUCGGACAGCGCAAAGUUAUCCGCCAAGCCCCGCCGUGUCCCGCAGGCAGCCCCCGCUGACCCGGACCUGCCCCCAGGUUAUGUCCAGAGCCUGAUCAGACGAGUGGUGAACAACGUCAACAUCGUGGUGAACAACCUGAUCCUGAAGUACGUGGAGGACGACAUCGUGCUCUCAGUCAACAUCACCUCAGCUGACUGCUUCACUGUGGACGAGUUCUGGGACCGCGCCUUCAUGGACGUGACAGCCCCUGACCUCGUCCUGAGGAAAGCCAUCAAUUUCUCCGACUGCACCGUCUGCCUGGACAAGAGGAACGCCAGCGGGAAGAUUGAAUUCUACCAGGACCCGCUGCUCUACAAGUGCUCCUUCAGGACGCGUCUGCAUUUCACCUACGAUAACAUCAACGCCAAGAUCCCUUCUGUCAUUAAAAUCCAGACGAUGGUGGAGACUCUGAAGCUGUCCAUCACCGAUCAGCAGCUGCCCAUGUUCAUCCGCGUCAUGGAAUUGGGCAUCGCCCUGUACUAUGGGGAGCUCGGAGGGCAGAGGGACCGUGAGACGGAUGAGGCGGACAGCCACAGCCGGGAGGUCGGCCUCAACGUUCCCGGGUUUGACUCGUUAAACUGUCUCGGCAGGUGGGUGCUGGGCUGUGGUGUGCGUGUGCACGUGCACGUGCGCGUGCACGAGGCCCACGUGUGUCUCCUGCCCGGAGUAGGAAAGGUAGAGCUGGAAAGAAUGAUGUCACUUGUGGACCCUGUGUGUCCACUUCUGUGUCCUGUCUCUGAGCAGCUGACCGAGACCCAGGCAGAGAGCAGCUACUACAGCCCCCAGAAGGUCAAGUCCAGGGAGGUGCUCUGCUUGGAAGAGGAAGGCAUCACCAUUGAGGUGCUAAUGAUGGGGGAGCCCUUUUUCAACUGUCAGAUUGGUUUCGUGGGCUGCCGGGCACUCUGCAUGAAGACAAUCAUGGGAGUGAAGGACUUUGAGGACAACAUGAACCGAUGCGAUGAGGAUGCUGUCUUCUUCAGCUGCGGCCAGCCCCUCAGCGUCAAGGGGAACACCUACCUGACCAACUCGCUGUUUGACUACCGUAGCCCCGAGAACAACGGCGUCCGCGCCGAGUUCAUCCUUGACGCCGCCCAGCACAAGGAGACCUACACGGAGACGGCUGGCAUGCAGCGGUUCUCUGCCUUCUUUAUGGACUACCUCUACACGGCGGAGAACGUUGGCGGCUCAGACCACGUGGGCCAGCCAGACUGCCACUCGGCCAUGGGGAACGAGGCAGCCGGGCCAGCCCAGGAGACCUCGGAGAAGCGGCUGGUCGUCGGCCCGCUGGACAUCCAUCUCCACAGCAGCGCCGUCCACCGUGUCCUCAAGAUGGUGGCGUGUGCCCUGGACCACGAAUACGAGCCUUACUGCAGGCCUCAGUCAGAUGUUGGUGAGGACAGUCGAACCGCUCCUGGAGCCCAGGAGCUAGCUGGCCUGGAGGAGUUCAUCCCCACACGCCUCACCUCUGUCACCUUAAUCAAGGUGUCUGUCACAGUCCCCAUGGCUGAGUUCAAUCUUCUAGACCACCUGCUUCCCACGAUCUUGGAGCGAAAGGGCCCCUGCGCUCCCCCCAGCGUGCCUGCGUACCAGCCCGUGCGCCCGCUGCCCGCUCUGCGCCUCCAGGUGGACAAGGUGAAUCUGGAGCACUCAGUACCCAUGUACGCGUCGCACGUGGUUGGCGCCGUCAGCGGCCUGAGCCAGCCGUCAGACAGCUUGCUGCAUCACUGCUACGCCCACUGCUACCUGAAGGUGUUUGGCUUCCAGGUUGGACUCACAUCCAUGGACAGCAAUGGCUGCUUCCUGCCCCUGACUCCUAUCAUCCCCUCCUUCAGCACCGCUCUGUACGGCAAGCUGCUCCGCCUGCCCGCCCUCUGGACCAAGCGGUCUAGCGUCCCCAUCACGGAGUGCAUAUUCGAGCUGCCCCACUUCAGCUUGCAGGCCACCCGGUCGCAGACGCUUCUGCUACAGGCCAUCUGCCAGAGCUGGACGCACAGCCUGGGGAACGGCCUCUCCCCCGGGGUGAGCGACGCCCUGCUGCACGAGGUCUACAAAGCACCAGGUGCGAAGUCGCCGAGCUGGUCGCCGACCCUGGAGGGCUCCGUGCAGAACGUGGAGCUGAAGUACUGCAGCCGGCCGGCAGUGAGGUGCGCUGCCGGGACCGUGGGAGCCGUGAAAGUCUGCGCCAGGACCCCAGGGGAGGGUGCCAAGGAGAAGCUGGUGCCUCUUAUCCAGGGCCCGUCAGACACCAGAGAGCUUCACACGAGCCGCUGGCUGAACGAGAUCCGCAAACCCGAGUCCCUGCUGGCCCCAGAUCUGCUGGCUUUCUCCGCACAGGUGCCCCAGCUGGGGGACGACUGCCGCAACUCCGGUGCCGUGCUGCUGGUCAGCGUACAGGGCAUUGCGGUCAACGUGGACCCUGUCUUUUGCACCUGGCUUCUGCACCAGCCGCAGCGGGGGGGCAGUGGCAGUCGCUCAUCCCAGCAGGCCCCCGGAGCUGUUCCCAUGACGGUGCCUGUGGCCAAGAGAAGGGAGGAUGAGGCCUCUGUAGGCAGCACCCCCCUGGUCAAGCAGCCGUCCAACCAGGCCUCGGAUUACGCCAGCAGCCCGGUCAAGACCAAAACCGUCACUGAGUCACGGCCCCUCUCCCUGCCAGUGAAGGUCAUGCCCACCAGCCCGCAGUCGUGGACCACCCCAGAGGAGCACAUGAAGGAACUCAUCAGUCGGGUGUGGGACGGCGUUAAACGGCUCACGCUUCAGGUGGAGCUGCAGUCAUGCUGCGUCUUCCUCCCCAACGACAGCCUGCCCUCCCCCAGCACCAUCGUGUGUGGCGACAUCCCGGGCACGGUGCGGAGCUGGUACCACAGCCAGGCCAGCAUGCCCGGCACGGUGGUGGUCUGCCUGCCGCAGGUCAGCGUGCUGAGCUCAGGCCACCGCCACAUGGAGCCGCUGCAGGAGGUGCCCUUCGUGGUGCCCCGGCCCAUCCUGGAAGAAGGUGACGCCUUCCCCUGGACAGUGACCCUGACGCAGUUCAGUGUGUACACCCUGCUGGGCCAGCAGCGUGCCCUCGGCCUGCUAGAACCCAUGGGAUGCACCUCCACGCUGGCAGUCACCUCGCACCGCGCCCAGGCCGCCUUCGUCGUCUGCCUGCACGUGGACCUGGAGCCGCUGCACGCCAAGUGCUCCAACCCACAGGUCCAGCUGCUUUAUGAGGUCUUCCAGAGCUGGAGCACCGCCUGGGCCCGUGUGCAGAAGCGAGGCACCCAGCGCCCUGCCCCCUGCUUGCCCGAACCCUCCCCAGGCCCUACACCCGGCCCCGGACCCUCCUCGCCUGUCCGGAGCAGCACUGGCACUGCCCUACCGGACACCAGCACCUGCAGCCCGUCCGCAGACUUCGGCUCCCCAACCGAGGGUGACUCUCUGCCGGCAGGGGAUGAAUCUCCGUCCCUGGAUACAGUCACCCUGGAGCAGAAGACCAGCAGCAUCGGUGGGGCCAGUGGGAAGGUCAGCCUGUGGAUGCAGUGGAUGUUACCAAAGGUCACAGUCAAGCUGUUUGCUCCGGACCCUGCUGCCAAAAGGACAGAGAUCUGUGUCAUCACCGAGCUGGAAGAUCUCAGUGCCUCUGUGGACGUGCAGGAUGUUUACACCAAGAUCAAGUGUAAAGUGGGCAGCCUGAACAUUGACCACUACAGGAACAGCCCGGAUGAUGGGCCACGUAGCCCGGGCCGCUGCGGAGGGGUGCUCCUCUCUUGUACUGACAAGCUGAACAGACGUACUGUGCUGGUUCGACCCGUCAGCAAGCAGGACCCUUUCAGCCGGUUCUUUGGCUUUUUUCCUCCUACAGCCGCCAAAGCUCUGGAAAUAUCUCAUCAGCAGCAUGGCUUCUUGUCCGUCACCUACACCCAAGCGGUCACCAAGAACGUGCGGCACAAGUUGACGUCGCGGCCGGAGCGAGGAGGGGGCCCCCGCGGCGGGGCGCCUCGGCUCACGGAGGGCCUGGCCGACGGCUCGCCCCAGUACCUGCGCGAGAUCCUGCUGUCGGUGCAGCCCUUCGAUGUGGUGCUCUCCUGCCCCCUGCUGGUCACCGCCAGCAGUGUCUUUCGGGUUAUUCCACCACGGAACCGACGACAUUGCCGAGAGGCGGGGCGGUCGGCGGCCGGCCAGCCAAUGCGCAGCCGGGCACUGACAUCCAGCAGCCUGCCGCUCAUCUACGUCAACACCAGCAUCAUCCGUAUCUUCUGCCCCAUGCCCCAGGACACAUCGCCAUCAGCAGACUCUAUGUUGAAGAAGGAGGAGGACACCCUGGUGCUGAAGAUCGGCUCCGUCAGCGUGGCCCCGCAGGCCGACAACCCGCUGAGCAGAACAGUACUGCGCAAGGAUGUAUACCAGCGGGCGCUGAACCUGGGCAUACUCAGGGACCCGGGCUCAGAGGUGGAGGACCGGCAGUACCAGGUGGACCUGCAGUGCAUCAACACUGGCACAGCCCACUGGGACCAGCUGAAGCCUGAGAAGGAGGGGGCCAAAGGGGGCCCACUGCUAGAGAGCGAGAGGAAUUCCCAGAAUCCCGCGCUGGAAUGGAACAUGGCCAGCAGCAUCCGACGGCAGCAGGACAGACGGGCCAUCCUCACGCCCAUCCUGACCGACUUCUCCGUGCGGGUGACGGCGGCUCCAGCCAUCAUCUUCAGCAAGCCGGCUACUCUGGACAACACCCAGGUGGAGGAGAUCGUGGUGUGUGGCCAUUCCCUGGAAGUCAACGUGACCACAAGCCUGGACUUCUUCUUCAGCGUGGCCCAGGUUCAGCUCCUGCAGCAGCUGCUCCAGGCCAACGUGGUGGGGAGCGAGGCCCCCGAGAAGGCCACUGAGGUGCGAUGUCAGGAGUCACACAGCACCUCCUCAUCCCGGCCCACCGCAGACUCUUCCUCCCGCCACAGCGGGGCGCAGGACAGCGGCUUUGGCAGCGACAGCGCUCACAUCCGCAUCGUGCAGAUCGAGCAGCAGAGCGGCGCCAGCCACCACCGCAUCGCCCGGCCUUCUCGCAAGUCCACCAUAAUAAAGAACCUCAGCUUCGUCCCCUUUGAUGUCUUCCUCACCGCCAGCCGCGUCUCCCUCAUGACCUAUGCCUCCGUCAGCGUCCCCGAUCACGCCGUUACCGCCACCUCCCCCGAAAAGAAGGCUGUCGACCGGGCAGGGAAGAGCGCUCUGAACAUGCCGGACGACGAACGAGACCCGACCGCCCAUGGGAUCUCCACACUGACGGCCGAGGACCUCCUGAACAGCAACACCCUCUCAGGCACGGCCGGCGGGCUCCUGUCCUUGGAGAGCCUGCAGGCUCCUAGCCGUUCGUCGGCCCGGCAGGCUCUGGGCGUGACCAUGGUGCGGCAGCCGGGCCGCAGGGGUUCCGGAGACCUGCUCCUGGAGCCGCUCCUCUACCUCCAGGUGUUCCAGCCUUCAGCUCUGCUCAGCUGCCAUCACCGCAAGCAGAAGCUGGAGCUGUCCGUCUUUGAUGUGGUGCUCAAGGGCGUUGCCGCUGACUACAAGUGCCUGGACAUGGGGAAGACUCUCCCCGAAGCCCUGGACUACAGCGUCUUCUGGCUGCAGACCGUGGCAGGCGAGGCCGACGGCAAGACGGGCAUCCCCCCUCCCCUGCUGUCCCUUCAGAUCAGGGACUUCCUCAGCGGGCAAGCGGAGCUCAGCAUCGAGCUGUCGCGCCCAUUGAAGGUCAUUCCGACGCUGACCAGGCUGGAACAGGCUAAGGCCUUCCUGAAGAAGAUCCUUCCGGAAGGCAGCGGCGAGUCCAGAAAAGCCCCCAGUCCUCCACAGCCGUCCCCCGCCAAGCCCACCGCGAGCAGGACAUCGACGGCCACGGAGGGCACCCUGCCCAAAUCGCAGCACUCCACAGGGAGGGCAGGAGCCCUGGCAGCCCUCGCUCCCUUCCAUCGGGCUUUGGUCCGUACGGCACAGAUCGUGGUCGUGCUGGAGGCGGAAAUCGCCCCGACUCAGCCAAGCCUGACACUGUCGGUUUCCGGGUUGACCGGCAGCCUGACCUUGAGGAACGGGCCCAAACCUGCAGACCCUCUGCAGGCAGCCUCCUUCCUGCUGGAGCUGCAGGACGUGCUGCUGAAGACGGGCCUGAGAGAUCGCUGCCGCCCCCUGCUGGGUCCCUUCUGCUGUAGCGCCGACCUGGAAGCUAAGUGGUGUCGCCAUGGUGGAAGCCCCGGACCAGAAGCGGGACCUCCGAAACUGCUGCUCGACCUCAAGGGGGGGCUGCUUCAGGUUUUCUGGGGGCAGGAGCAUCUGAACUGCCUGGUGCUGAUGCAGAAGCACCUGCAGGCUUACCUCCAGAAGGGCGGCGGUGUGGAGCUGCCGGGGGCUGGGGAGCAGCCGGAGAGCCACCAGCCGCCCCCCUCCCCUCACAUCCACAGCCCGAGGACGGAACACAGCACGGACGACCUGCGGACCGGCCUCUUCCAGUACAUCCAGGACUCAGCCUCCCGGAAGCUCCCCGGGACCCACGAGGUGAUGUUCUACAACGAGACCGACGACAGCCCCGGCGUGAUGCUGUGGCGAUACCCAGAGCCCCGCGCGCUCACCUUUGUGCGAAUCACGCCUGUGCCCUUCAACACCACGGAAGACCCCGACAUCAGCACAGCCGACCUGGGGGACGUGCUUAAGGUGCCGUGCAGCCUGGAGUAUUGGGACGAGCUGCAGCGGGCCUUCGUGCCGUACCGUGACUUCAGCCUGUCGGAGAGUGCUGUCUGCGAGCUUCCCCUGCCUAGCGUCUGCCCCGGCGACGACCAGAGGGACCUGGUGGCCUCAGACCUCUGGAGGAUCAUCCUGAACAGCACGGCGGACGGAGGGGACGGGCAGAGCUCAGACAGCGAAUCCGGCUCCCAGGCCCCCUGCGAACAGCUGGUGCCGCCUACCGCCCUGGCGGCCUGCACCCGCGUCGACUCCUGCUUCGCCCCCAGCUUCGUGCCCUCGGUGGGCGUGUCCGUUCAGCUGGCUCAGGUGGAGCUGCACCUGUGUCACCACUUGGAUCAGCUGGGCACAGCCCCUGCCCGGCACUUGCGGCCCUUCCUGCCAGACAGGAAGCUGCCGCAGGAGCAGGAGUACCUGGUGGGGGCGGCGAGGGAGCCGCGGGCGUACGCGCGGCAGUGGAGCACCGGCGGGCACCGCUCUCAGGAGCUCCACUUCUCGGCCGAGCUGGACUGCCGUCUGCUGGAGUACCGUAACCUGACCAUGCGGAGCCUGGUGCAGCCCUUCGCCGUGCGCGGCCAGGCCGCCGCCUCCUCGCGCGGGGCCCGACCGAGGCAGCUCCUGCUGGAAGGCAGCGUCUUCGUGGAGCCCGUCUUCAUCUCCGUCAGCCAGCACAGUGUCCACACGCUGGACAUGGCCGUGCAGGCCUGGCAGCAGAACCAGGAUACCAGCGCAGAGGAGCUGGUCCUCAGCCACUACGUGAUCUGCAAUGACACCCAUGAGACUCUGCGCUUCGGCCAGGUGGACACCGACGAGAACGUACUGCUGGCCAGCCUGCACAGUCACCAGUACAGCUGGCGCUCCCACAGGUCACCGCAGCUGCUGCACAUCUGCAUUGAGGGCUGGGGGAACUGGCGCUGGUCCGAACCAUUCAGUGUGGACAACGUUGGGAUGCUGCUGCGCACCAUCCAGUACAAAGGCAGGACCGCGUCGCUGAUCAUCAAGGUGCAGCAGCUCAACGGAGUGCAGAAGCAGAUCGUGAUCUGCGGCCGGCAGGUUAUGUGCAGCUACCUGUGUCAGGACAUCGACCUGCGGGUGGUGCAGCACUACGUUGGCCCCGACGGGCAGACAGUGGUGCGGGAGCAUGUGGAUUGCCUGGAGGCCGGCCGCAAGCUGCCCUCGUACGUGCUGGAGGAUGCAGAGAUGACCGAGCUGUGCGUGCGGGCGCGCGGGGACGAGGACUGGUCCCGGGACGUCCGGCUGGAGCGCCAGGAGCCGGGGGGCAGCUCUGUGGUGCAGGUUCCCUGCUCCAGUGGCUCUUUGCUGUACGUGUGGUGCACCCUCAUCACAGUCGAACCCAACUCCCACAUGCAGCAGAGGAUGGUGAUCUUUAGCCCGCUCUUCAUCAUGAGGAGUCAACUGCCAGAUCCCAUCAUCAUCCAUAUAGAGAAGAGGAGCCUGGGUCUGCGGGAAAGCCAGCUGGUCCCUGGGCAGGGCCAGGAGGAACCCCUGCUUAACGUGGAAUCGGACCUCACCCACCAUCUCACCUUCCAGGCCAGGGAGGAAGAGGACGUCUCUCAGUGUGCCGUGCCCAUCUCUACCGCUCUUAUCAAGCAGAUCGUCAACAAGGCGCCAGCGGGAGAGAGCCACGAGCACAUCCUGUGCGAUUUCUACGGGGCGGGCGACUCUGCCCUGCCACCGUGGCCGUACGUGAGGAAGGACGUGGACAGGCCUUCUCCGGAGCCGCUGGCCCAGUGGGACAGCCCCAUGCAGGUGAAGCUGUCCGCCUGGAAGCCAGGUCUCAACACCCUGCUCGUGGAGCUGCUGCCCUGGGCCCUGCUGGCCAAUCGCUCCCACUGGGACCUCUGGCUCUUCGAGGGCGAGAAGAUCGUGGUGCAGAUCCCGGCCGGGAAGGUCAUCGUGCCACCCAACUUCAAGGAGGCUUUCCAGAUUGGCAUCUACUGGGCUGACACCAACACGGUGCACAAGUCUGCCGCCCUCGAGCUGGUGCACGAGCUGACGUCCCCGCGUUGGAAGGAGGGCUCCGGAAGCGAUGUGCUGGCCCUCGACGAGGAGGGCUUCGUGGAGACCCAGAUCACGCUGGGUACCUUGCCGGGCCGACACAAGGUGUGCCAGUUCUGUGUGUCGUCCAUGGUGAGGCAUGGCAUCCAGAUCCUGCAGGUGGAGGACCGGACCAUCCUGGUGAACAACACACCCCACCUCCUCUAUUACAGGCCCCUGCUGUCCCACGGGGCCCUGGGAGUCUCAGAGCAGCCCUUUGACUGCCCAGAUACUACGGUUUGCUCCCUCCCCCCCGGCCAUGCCCUGGAUUCCCCCCAGACCUGCUCGGUCCCCUGCUGGGAUGUCCUAAGAUUGGACUCCCUGGCUGAGACGGAGGUUCUGCCUCCCCAAAGGCACAUGGUGUUCAGCAUCGCCCCAGAGGAAGGGCCAGGGUCUGUCCCCUGGAGUCUGCCAGCACCCAUCCGACCUGACUUCCCCCGCCAGAGCGUGGCGGUACCAGGAGCCCCAUGUGCUCGUACCGGGACCAGCACCAGGGCCCUGGUGAUGACGUAUCAGGAACACCUUGGCGUCACCUACAUCACGCUGAAUGAGGACCCCUGUCCCCACAUGCUAAUCCACAACCAGUGUCCCAUCCCCCUCCUGCUGAAGGAGAACCUCAGAGAGACCCCCCGGACUGAGGUGUACUGCCGGCUGCUCCCUGCCAACUCGUCCCUGCACCAUGAGCUGUACCAGCACUAUUCCAACUUUCCUGACUGCCGCCAGAAGGAGGCGCCAUCCACCCUGUUUCUGCGACUCGCACCCGAGGCGCAGACCUCUGCGGAGUGGACAGACGCCGUGGACAUCAGCUGCCCGGGCCCUCAGGUGCUCUUCCUCCCUAGCUUUGGCUGCCUGUACAUCCACGUCCAGCUCUGCAGUGGCACCAUCAUCCUCACACUGGCCCCUGAAGCCAAGAUGGACUCCAUCUUGAGUGAGCAGCACAGGCUGCCCAAGCGCACGCUGGCAUUCCAGGUGCUGCUGAGCGCGGCCAGCCUGGCGCUGCGUGAUGACAUCACCAGCCCCGCGGGCUCAGUGGAGCUGCUCCGCCUCACGUUGUCUAAGCUGCUCCUGAACUUGAGUCAGGCCCAGGCGGGCACCACUGGGGCAGGGCCAGCAGAGGGCGCCAUGCUGGAGAUGUACUGUGCCGGGCUUCAGCUGGACAAUCAGCUGUACCACCGUGCCAGCUUCCAUUUCCCCGUGCUGCUGUGCCAAGAAAAGUGGGCGGAGCCAGGCCCUUGGACGGCGGAGGCCAACCCUGCCAGCAUGCCGCACGGCCUCGAUGACUUCAAGGCCUCCUGCUCCCUGCGGCUCUGGCUGCUGCUGUCGGCCAACGGCCACGGCGUGGACGAGGUCAGCUUCCAGCUGGAGCCCGCCCGCGUCUACCUGGAGGACACCUUCGUCUACUACAUCAAGACGCUGUUCCACACGUACGUCCCGGAUGCAGUGCUGAAUGGGGGGCGGGGCCACGGGGCCAGCGACGUGCCCGAGGCCGUGCGGGAAUCGGUACGGGCACUAGUGCGUCCGCUGCGGCUGCGUCGGCUCUGCAUCCAGCCCGUGAGCCUGCUGGUGAGCGUGCACGCCUCGCUCAAGCUCUACAUCGCCUCGGACCACACGCCGCUGGCCUUCUCGCUGUUCGAGAGGGGCCCCAUCUGCACCACGGCCCGGCAGCUGGUCCACGCCCUGGCCAUGCACUACGCUGCUGGUGCCCUCUUCAGGGCAGGCUGGGUGGUGGGAUCCCUGGAGAUCCUGGGCAGCCCGGCCAGCCUGGUGCGCAGCGUGGGAAACGGCAUCUCCGACUUCUUCCGGCUGCCGUACGAGGGCCUGACCCGCGGGCCUGGUGCCUUCGUCAGCGGCGUCUCCCGUGGAACCACCUCAUUCGUCAAGCACAUCUCCAAAGGCACGCUGACGUCCAUCACCAACCUGGCCACCAGCCUGGCCCGCAACAUGGACCGGCUGUCUCUGGACGAGGACCAUUACACCCGUCAGGAGGAGUGGAGGAGGCAGCUGCCAGAGAGCCUGGGAGAUGGUCUACGGCAGGGCUUGUCCCGCCUGGGAAUCAGCCUUCUGGGUGCCAUCGCUGGGAUCGUCGACCAACCUAUGCAGAACUUCCAGAGGACCUGGGAGACCCCGGGCUCUGCCGGCAGCAAGGCCAAAGGCGUCAUCUCUGGAGUGGGGAAAGGCAUUGUGGGAGUCUUCACAAAACCUAUAGGGGGAGCAGCUGAGCUGGUCUCGCAGACUGGAUACGGCAUCCUGUACGGCGCUGGGCUCUGGCAGCUACCCAGACAGCUUCACCUCCCGACGGAGGACAGGUCGGCGGCGGCGCCCAACAGCCACGUGAAAUACGCCUGGAAGAUGCUGCAGUCCCUCGGCCGCCCCGAGGUGCACAUGGCGCUGGACGUGACCAUUGUGAGCGGCUCGGGGCAGGAGCACGCGGGCUGCCUGCUCCUCACCAGUGAGGUGCUCUUCGUGGUCAGCCUGAGCGAGGACACCCAGCAGCAGGCCUUCCCCGUCACCGAGGUGGAGUGCCGGGCGGAGCCGGGCCAGGAGGGCGUGCUCACCCUCACGCUGUGCCAGCAGAGGGUGGCCAGCGAGGCCGAGGGCGACGGUGGCCGGGAGCGUCUCACGGAGCAGCAGUACCAGCGGCUGGUGGAGUACGUGACCCGGGCCUCCCAGCACCUGUCCCUGUCGGGUAUGGCUUCACAGCAGCCCCCGGUCACCCCCGCUGAGCCCCCAGCUGCCAUCACCAAGACAUACCGCUACCUGGUAGAGCCCGCCUUUGCUCGCGUCUUCGUCAGCAAGUUCACCAUGGUCAAGAACAAGGCCUUACGCAUAGGCUUCCACUGAUCGGGGGGAGGGGUGGUCGCCUGUCCUCCCCCCGCACCAGCCAAGCUCACCGCUGAUUCCCUGAACACACUCCUCCUCCUCAACAUUUUAGCUCUCGUAAUUCUCCUGUUUGGAGAGUACAGGUUAAAUCGCCGGAUAUGAGAAGGCCUUAUACAUUUUAUGCAAAAGACAUUUAGAGUUACUACUUGAACCAAAAAUGUAAUAGAGAGAGAGGGGGGAAAGACUUCAAUGUUUGGUUUUUGAGGUGGUCAGUAACAUUUUUCCUGUACGCACCGGCAGUUUGCCGCUCGGAUGUUUAAGCUUCUUUUUCUCAUUUUAUUCCACAUGAUUCCAGAAGGAAGAAUCACUGUUUACAGGCGAUGUGUGUAACCGGAUCAAACUGACUUGCAGCUGUUUCUGUUACGGCCUUUUAUGUGCAAUAUAAAUAUCGUUUACUGAAGAGAAACAACAGUACCAACUUACACCAGAAUGGUCCCCAUUCAGAGAAUGUUCUCAUUAAUGCCAUGUGGUUCACACUCAUUAGGUAAAUUUAGCAUAAUUUUUUUACAUUCGUCUUGCCAAGUCUGCUUUCUGGAAGAAAAUGUAUUAAUGUUGGCUUUCUAAAAAUGUUGACACUAAGAUAGCUUUAUGUAAGAGAGGUUUUGUAAAACAUCUAAUGCUUUUACAUAGAGAUGACAAUCUUAUAUAGUUACAUAUUUGCAUAUUUAAUUCUAAUAAAAUGAAGUAACUUAAAGGUGAGAAUUAUUUUUUAAAAAAAGUAAAUACCAUAUAUUUCUGUGUACUUGGGUAUCCAAUAAUUGUUUAUAAGGAUGACAUUUCAAGCUAAGAAUACCACUAUGUGUUUUUGAUUAAAUUGAUCAAAGUUAACAUUAUAAAUUUAUUUUAGCAAAUUUAUGAAAUGUUCAGUUGAUACUUUGUGUAAAAAGUUUUCAUGCUUGGGGCUAUAGUAAUUAAAAAAUACACGGGAUUCAAA